AUGGCCGAGUCAGAUGUGAGCACUCAAGCCUCCUGCCGCCUGGCCUCGGCCGAGCUGGAGUGGAUCUCAGGAGUUGUCACGGAUAGUCGCCGUGGCGUGUAUGGGGAUGACUGGAGUCGUAUGGACCUUGCUCGUAGCGAUUCCGAAAUCCCACUGCAGAAGUCUCUCGUAUUCUUGAAGAUGCAGCCACUCGGCGAGCGUCCGUGCCGUCAUAUUGGCUGGGAUCAUCCGCCUGCAUGCGUGGGCGGUGUCAAGGGUAAGCUUGCGACGAAAUGUGGAUAUUACUCCAUAGACGAGAAACAGGAACCAACUGCCGCCCAGGCCCUGCCAGGACAUUCGCAACACCACUCUGGUGGCGAUACCUGUGAUGAGAACGGGCUGUCAGGUUGCAUGUCGCUCUACACGUGGAGAUGUUUCGUGUUUUAG